GACUAAAAUCUGUUGUCCUAAAUGGCUGUCAGGUCACUGAUGACCCACUGAUGAAGCUCAUCAUGAGACACAAAGAAAGUCUGUGCAGACUGGAGGUGUUUGGCUGUCAGUUCCUCUCUCCAUCUUGUCUGCAGACAGUAUAUGAGAUGUGUCCCGGCCUCCAGCAUCUAAACAUUGGACAGGUACCAAAAGUUAACGCACACAGUCUCACAGUGAUGACAUCACGGCUCAAAUGUCUCAUUGUGCUAAAUCUCACUGGACUACAGGCAGUUACUGAUGCCAUAGUGGACACUCUGCUUCAGAACUGUGUUGAAAUUCAGAGUUUGACUUUGAGCUGCUGUCCAGGAGUCACUGACCUCACACUGCACAGCAUCAGCAAAUACACACCUUGUAUCAGAUCUCUGGAUGUGAGUGGCUGUAAGGCGGUAACAGAUGCAGGAGUUCAGUCUCUGGCUCUGGGAUGCAGAAGGCUUCAGCAGCUCAAUCUCAGCUCCACUGGCACAGGAAACAGAGGGGUUACUCUACUGGCAAAUUACUGCAGCGGGCGCCUCCAUACUGUCAAACUCAGUUUCUGCCACAUCACCUCAGAGAGUAUACUGAAGCUCUGCAGACGCUGCAAGAGGCUGAAGGUGCUCCAUCUCUACGGCUGUGCUCAUCUCCCUGCUGAGAGAGAGAUCAGAGAAGUUAACACUACUGUUAAAGUUUACCCUGUGACGUGACUCACACACAAACAUCUGCACACAAAUGGACAGAUAUGCACAAUGUAUCAAAGACCAAAACUUGAAUGAGUAUUGGGAGAUAUC